AUGAUUAUUGAUUUAUUUCAAAUUAUUAUUCAACUAUGGAAAUUAUUCAAUUAUAAAUGGAUUAUUAAUUUAAUAAUUACUAUUUAUUAUUUAAUACUUUACAUGUUUUGUAUUAAAAUUAAAAGAAAAAAACAAAAAUUAAAAGAUCAUGAAAAGUGGAUUGGAAAAAAUACAAAAAAAUUAUUACAUAAUCAUCAUAAUAAUAAAGGAUUACGUCAUAAUAAAGAAGAUAAAUAUAAUGAUAAAUAUGUCAUACAAAAUGGUUCCAAUUCAAAAUGUAUCAUUGAAAAUCAAAUUCAUCCUUUGGUACCACAACAAUUAACAUCAUUAUGUAAUAGACAAUAUUCAAAUGUAAAUAAUUUAGAUCUAGAUCAAUCAAAUCAAAUUUUAAUUAAGACCUUAACAACUAAAAUAAAUUUGAAUGAAAAACAUCAAUUGUCAAAUAUAAAAUCAAUACCAUUUACUGUUUGGUUUAUCAAAAUUGCACAGAAAUUUCUUCAUUGGAAAAAUUCUAUUACUACUAUGAAUAUAUCAACACAAUCCAGUUAUUCCCAUAUUAUAAAUGAGAACCCUAUUCAAGAAUAUCAAAAAUCAAUAAAUUUGAAUACAAUCCAUCAUGAUAAUUUAAAUAAAAUAACAAUUCAGAAGAGUCUAAAUGAUGAGGAAACUUUUAAGUCAAAUAUGCAACAUAUUAAACAAAAAGCUAAUAGUUUGAUAGAACAAGGUAGAAAAGCUAAAGUUUAUCAUGGUUACCCUAUUUGCACUGAUACUAAAAGUGUUAUACAACCAUUUUCAAAUAGAAUAUCAUCAAAUUCCACUAUUCAUUAUUAUUUAUCACCAUAUAGACAAUGUGAUUCACAAAGUGAUUUAUUUGAUCCAAUUUAUUCAGCAAUUCAAUAUCCUUUGAAAGAUUCAUUAAAAUCAACACAUUCAUCAUCAUGGAAUCAUUCAUCAGUAUCAUUUCAUCAACCUUAUGUAAAAGAUCGUCUUCUAGUUAGAAAUAUUUGGACAAGUCAGGAUUCAGUUGUCUCCGAUGCACAUGUCUACUGUGAAUUAAUCGAAUUGAAAUCGGAUAAAACUCAUUAUCCAACUAACAAGAAGUUUGAUUCUAGACCAUCCUAUAAAGAUUAUUCCACUUGCAGUUUACGUUCACAUGAAAAUUCAUGUUUUCAAGAUGUCAUCUCAGAUAGAUAUUCAACUGAUUCAGUUGUUAUGAAACAUACGAAUGAACCACCGAAAUUACCACUUCGAAAUUAUGGUGAAAGUACUUUGAACAUGGUUGCUAAUUUACGUUUAUGGGCAACAAGAAAUAAACAAAAAAUUUUAAAAAAUUUUAAUAAAUUAAAUAAAUUACAUGUUUAUUCUAUGUCAGAUAUCCCAUGGAGAUUAGAUAAGAAAAAAAAUUAUUCAGAACAAUCUUCAUUUCGAUAUCAUAAAUACAAUUUGAUAGAAAAAUCUAAAGAUUACGAUGAAUUAACUAAACGAAAUACAAGAUCAACAUUUUCUGAAACCGAUAUUAUGUCACUGGAAAAUCUCAAUUCAUUCAACAUUUGGGGUCCACAUUAUCGGAAAGAUCAAAUAAAUUCAGCCUAUCAUUCUAAUGAAGCUUUUUCUUUGGAAGUAAAUAUACAAUUAACAAAACAAUCGACUAACUUCAAUGAUAGAUGCAAUAAUCUUAGACAUAUUGAUAGUGAAUCCGAUAUCACAGAAUCAUCUCCUUACAGAAACAAAUCCCCAGGAAUUAAACCAUUAAAAUUGAACAACUCCUCAUAUUCAUAUCUAACAUCAACAUCAUUUACACCAUUAUAUCAUAUUUACAUUCCAAAUCAAUGUAACCAUACUCAAACUCAACAAUCUAAGGAAACUUUUCAUUCAUGUACAAAUGAUCUACCUUUACAAUGUAAUAACAUUUACAAUCAAAUUAAUACUAUCCAUUCUCAUAUACUUUCUGAAGAUAUUCCCUAUUCUUCAUCUUCUCUGUGUAUGCCACCAUUAAUGGAACGUUCCAUGGAAGAUGAUGAAUAUCAUUUAUAUUAAUGAUUGAACGCAAUAGUAAACACCAUUCAAAUCAGGUUUAUAGUAUCUUCAGUUUUUUGAUACAAUAUGCAUUACCUUAUACAAUUCAGGUUAUUUAUAUAAAUUGUAUAUAUAGAUAAUACAAAAUAAUUAUUGAAGUACUUAUUAA